UCCAGCUGCGUUGGGGUAGAGGAGCACCAUGCCGUUGACAUUGAUCUAUACCAUUGUCCCAACUGUGCAAUUCUCCAUGGGCCUUCUCUAAUGAAGAAGAGGAGGAACUGGCACAGACACGACUACACAGAGUUGGAUGAUGGUUCCAAACCAGUGCAGGCUGGAACGCGGACCUUUGUUAAACAGCUGCGGGCUCGCUCUUUCCCAAGUGCUGAUGAAGUCAUUUUGAAAAUGCAUGGAAGCCAGUUGACACAAAGAUACUUGGAGAAACAUGGGUUUGAUGUUCCCAUUAUGGUUGCUAAAUUAGAUGGUCUGGGGCUCAGACUUCCUCCUCCAACUUUCUCUGUUUUAGAUGUGGAACGCUAUGUAGGUGGCGACAAAGUGAUAGAUGUAAUAGAUGUAGCAAGACAAGCAGACAGUAAAAUGAAGCUCCAUAAUUAUAUUAAAUAUUUCACAAAUCCUGACCGACCAAAAGUAUUGAAUGUGAUCAGCCUGGAAUUCUCGGACACAAAGAUGUCUGAAUUAGUGGAAGUACCAGAUAUUGCCAGAAAGCUUUCAUGGGUGGAAAAUUAUUGGCCAGAUGAUUCUGUCUUCCCUAAGCCUUUUGUUCAGAAGUAUUGCUUGAUGGGUGUCCAGGACAGCUAUACUGAUUUUCAUAUCGAUUUUGGAGGAACAUCAGUUUGGUACCAUGUUCUCUGGGGUGAGAAGAUAUUCUAUUUGAUCAAGCCCACUGAUGAAAAUUUGGCUCUGUAUGAGUCUUGGAGUUCAUCUGUCACGCAGAGUGAAGUAUAUUUUGGGGACAAGGUUGACAAAUGCUACAAAUGUGUUGUGAAGCAAGGACACACUUUAUUUGUUCCAACAGGCUGGAUUCACGCUGUGCUCACAUCUCAGGAUUGUAUGGCUUUUGGAGGAAACUUUUUGCACAACCUCAAUAUUGGCAUGCAGCUCAGGUGUUAUGAAAUGGAGAAGAGGCUAAAAACCCCAGAUCUUUUCAAAUUUCCUUUCUUUGAAGCCAUCUGUUGGUUUGUGGCCAAAAACUUACUGGAAACAUUGAAAGAACUGAGGGAAGAUGGUUUCCAGCCUCCAGGCUAUUUAGUGCAAGGAGUGAAGGCUUUACUUACUGCUUUAAAAUUAUGGAUGAAAAAAGAGCUUGUAACAGAACAUGCCUUUGAAAUUCCAGACAACAUUAGGCCUGGGCAUCUCAUAAAAGAGCUCUCAAAAGUGAUUCGUUCUGUAGAGGAGGAAAACAGCAAGCUAGUUAAAACUCAGGGAAUUCUUGGUGUGUGUCCAACUUCACGGUCUUCACAUGAAACAACUUCCCCUCACCACUCCAGACGAAGGGUGAGGAAACUGCGAGACCAUGCUACCAAAACUCCUUCUAAUCUGGACAUCCUGGAACUCCACACCAGGGAGGUACUGAAAAGGCUGGAGAUGUCACCAUGGGAGGAGGAUACCGCAAGCUCGAAACUGAACGGGAGAUUUAACAAGCCCUUUCAGCCAUCUUCUACAGUACCUGAAUGGCGAACAAAAGACAACGAUCUUCGCCUUCUGCUGUCAAAUGGAAGAAUAAUUAGAGAUGAGAGGCGCCCAUUUACAGAUCGAAGUCUUUACACAGCAGAUAGUGAAGAUGAAGAUGACAGGACAAGGUCGAAAAAAACGACUGUUAAGGUAGAAGACCAGCCCUCAGGAUUAGAAGGAGAAGGGAAUGCAGAUGCCCAGAAACCACUGAACAUGUUCUUUGAAAGUGUGAAAUCAGAACUCAGGAAUGGAUCCUCAGAGUACUCUGAUAUUUCUGAUUCAGAAGAAUCUGAGCCUGAUUGCACUACACAGCAGAAGGAUUCCUCCACAGAGGAGUCAGAAAGCUCAGGUGAUGAAGAGAAACAGGAAGCAACAUCAAAUUUCAAAGAGGAAUCUAAGGUCACACGAGACCUUUGUCAAAAUACCCAGAAGCCAUCCAGAAAUGAAACUCCCAGUAAAAAGGAAUGUCCUACCUCGACAAGUACAGAAGAAGAAGCUAUUCAGGGCAUGCUUUCUAUGGCAGGAUUGCACUAUACUACAUGUUUACCAGGUCAUACUCAAAGCACAGACUGCACAGAUAAAAGAACCUCUCUUCAGGAACACAGAAGCUACCCCAGAAGUCGGCAUAAAGACAGACAGCCAUCUCAGAGCCACAAAACAAUAGAAUGUGGUAGGUCUGUGAAGGAUGAGGAAAGAGACUUGGGGACUUCAGCAUGGGCUAGACACCUGAAUGAAGCUUCGAGGAUUACCCCUCAGGAUACAAGUAAAACUCAAAAAUAUAACAAGAAAGAGGGUGCAUCAGAAGCCAAUCAUAAGGUUCAGGAAAACAGAAGUAUAGUCCAUAACAACGGCUUGAGUUUUCAGCAUGGCAAGUAUACACGAGACUCCAAUCUAAUUCAAGGAGAAUGUCGGCUGAGUGAUGGCAGCCUUAGCCCUGACAGGCCGUAUGGUGAAACAUCUUUGUCUGUACCACUUCAUCCAACAAAGAGGCCAGCAUCAAAUCCACCCCCUAUCAGCAACCAGGCGACAAAAGGCAAACGUCCAAAGAAAGGAAUGGCAACUGCUAAACAGCGCCUUGGGAAGAUCUUGAAACUGAACCGGAAUGGCCAUGCACGCUUCUUUGUUUAAUGUAGCUGCUACUUCUACUACUGCUGUCUUUCCUACACAGACCAGUAUUGAGGUCAACAGAGCCUGGAGCUGCUGUUAUUCCUCUGCUUGAAGCAGACUUGCAUGUACCAUAUAAAACACUGCCUGAUGAACAAAAACGAGAAAGAAAAAAAAAAAAAACCAACAAAAAAAAAACCAACCCAAUGCUGCAUUUUCACUGUGCCACACCUGCUCAGCAAUAACCAUAUGGGAAUGGGGAAAUCUUCAGAGAGACAUGGACCGUGAGAAAUAGUCUCUCAUCAGGGCUUAAAUAUCAUUUGUUGCUGGUAGUUUCUGACCUAAUUAAUGAGGGGAAGAUGAUGAAGGUGGUUUAUCAAUAAUUUAUUUCUGAUAGAUUUUGACAACUUUUAAAUUCAUUUUAAAAACCUAUUUAUUUGGAGGACUUUUUUGUGGGGGUUAUUUAGAUUUAAGAAUGUGAAAGUUUUUAGUUGUUUUGAUAAUGUAUGUUUGGUGCAGUGGAGAGCCACAUUAAUUGUGAUUAGUCUGGACUCCUAAAUUUGAUAUUCAGGUUAUAGUCUUAAAUAGGGGUGAGAUGCAUUAUUAAUUAUUUUUUAAAUUAAGGCAUAUGGAAUCUUAUUUUUUUUUUCCCUGCUUUUUGUAAGCUUCUGGCUGGGCUUCUGUUGACUUGCAAGUUGCAUAUUCUCUGCCAGCUUGAUUAUUUUUUGACCUGUCCUCUUUUAUACAGAUUUAUUUAUUUGAUGGACUAGAAGAGACUCCUAAAGACAGAAGAAUCUUCUUAUGUCAGUCCAGUAGCUAACUUGUUUUAAACUGCACCCCUUUCCUCCAAAUUGGAGUGCAUACUUUUCCUCCUGAUGCUCUAUCUCUGAUGAUUUUCUUCUGUAAAAAGACUCCCUGAAAUUGUAUUUGUACAGGUUAUUUAACAGUUGGUACAAAGGAGGGAAACCUAAUACAUCUUUUUGGAGAAAUGGGGACAUCAGUUAAGAUAAAUGUUUCUUCAAAACAAUUACUCUGAAAAAACUCGUAAGAUAUACGUUGCAGUCUUAAGAUUUGGCAUAUUACUUAAUGUAGCAUAGAAGAAGCAUUACAAUAUUAUUAUACUUCAAAGACAUUUUACUGAAGAGUCAGGAAGGCAGGAGAACGUGUGUUGCUUUCAAAGCUGGGCAAGACAGCCAAUUAUAAGUCUUAACUGGUGCGUAUAUAAGCAUUAAGUAGCUUACUGGUAUCAGAAUGAUCAUUUGUGUCAGGCUUCAAACAGAGCUGAUAGCAAAUGCUGAUUCUGAAUUACUGUAAAUAAUUUUGAUUUUAAAUUUGUAUUUUUCUGUAAUAUAAAAUGAAAUAUUUAUCUUUUGGGGGAUGGGGAUGAAGGCGGAAAGGAGAAUACUCUUACUUGAUUCUGGAAAAAGGGCAUUUUGCAGGGUCCAGCCAAAGUGAAAACAUUAAUAUGCUAGUGACAACGAUCUUAUUGGUUGGCUGGGGGUGGUUUUUUUGGUUACUAAGAGUAAAAAAAUACCCAGGCAUAGCUAUCCAAGUCAUUGAAUUGAUUUAACUUUCCAUACCAGUUUUUCCUUCCUCCAUAUUCUAUACUGGAAUUGUUUUCUCAUGUUGUGGUUUAAAAACAAAUUCAGUUGGACUUUCCAGAAUAUUUGUGCAGAGUUAUUUUUAUCUAGGCUAAAUUAUGAAUGCCUUUACAAACUUAUGGAAGUAGUUCUGAUGUCAGGUGGUUUUGAUUGUGCAGGGUCAAAACUAUUUAGCACUAUGUUACCCUGUUUCUAAAUUUAGAAACAUCAAAACAUAAUGCAACUGCAUAUAAGUCAGGUAGCUUUCAUGGCUUUAUUUCCUCUGGAGCUUGAAAAUUAUAAUUUAGGAGUCGUUUUUGCAGUCCUGCUUUUAUGUUGUAUUGACUUGACUUUAAGUUUUGUGCGUGUGUGUAUGGUGAAUUUUUUUAACCUUUUUUGUUUGCUAAUUAUGGUUUCACAAAAGCAUGUUUUCAGUUUUUUAAUUUUUUUUUUUUAAUUUAAUGCAAGCUAUCAACCUUGUUUAGACUAUUGGGAAUGGAGGUAAUAAAAGAUUUCUAAAAAGCAGAAGAUAAGCUAAGAGGUACUCUACAGGUGCUGAAAGUGACUAUAAGUACUUGCUGUUCUCAGGUGCUAGGUUUCCAGAUGGAAAUAGUUAAAAGAGAAUAUUUUAACUAUCUUCUAAUAUGUUCUCACCAAAGUCAAAGAAAUAAACUGUAUUGUCAAUAUCAGUUAAAAAUAUAUACCCAUAUAAAUAUUCUCUGUGCUUAAGCUUGAGCAAAUGGAUUAAUGCCUGUCAGGCUUUGGAAACUGUUUUAGCUUUAGCAUAUUGAACCAAACUGUUUCCUUCUUGCUGGCUGUAUAAUUUUUAAGCAUAGAAAAUUCCGGUUUAGGGCAGCAAUCAGAUUCGGGGCAGAAUGAAGAAUGAGCGCUCUCUCCUUAAAGACAGAUUUUUGAGAACACUUACCCGAAUUAGGAGCAUGCCAGAAUAGAAUCUGGAGUAAGGAAUUUUAAAAUAUGGAAUAUGCUUUCUUGUACAUGUGACUGGCUUACACAAAGUCUCUUUUUUGACCAUCCGCAUUAUUUAUCUGUAUCUUACUAUUGGAAUGCAGAUGUGGCUGGACCCAUAUAUAUUAUUUCUUCUUGGUUUUGUUCUUUCUUUACUCUACUUCCUACCUUCUUUUCCAAAGUGGCUCUCCACUGUCAUGAAUUUAUGUAAUAGUCUCUUCACAGGCUGUCAACAGGCAGAGGUUCAUUCCCAUUUUCUUCAGAUAUCCAUGCUUCCAGCAGAAGUUAAUUCUGAUGUCCCACCUCAGAACAAGUAAUUUAAAAGAAAUUGCCAUGAUGGGCAGUAUUAAAAAGAAAAAAAAAAAAGAAAAAAGAAAAAAAAGGGGGGGAAACAAAAAAGUCUCCUGGUAGCUCAUGAAGAGGAUGUGGUGACCUCACUUGUUUUGUGUACUUGUAGGUAGGGAUAUUUUUAUUGUGUUCUAGAUGGAAACACUACUGCACCGAUCUUUCUGUAGGUGGGCUGAACCUUGUGUUGUUGUAGUGGAGAGAAAAAGCCCAAUUUUUUUCCUUGCUGUCUCACUUGGGGUGGAAGAGGGAGGGAGGGAGUAGGGAACACUGACUGGACAACAAAGAGAAUUAAGCCUGCUAUGGUAACUCAUUUUCAAGGAUAAAUCUUUUUUGAAAAAAGUCCAAAAACUUGGAUUUGGCAUAAAACUUAAUUAUUUUUUUGUAGAUAGAACAAUAGGAAAUGAAAUAUUGUAGGGGUUUUCCCAUUCUCUAAGUUCUCACGUUCCUGCAAUUAAAAAGAAAAGGAAACAAACAGGAAAAUGGAAAGACCACCUAGAAACUAUAUCAAAGACUUUUCCAGCAACUUUCCCUUUUCUUCUCCUACUAUACUUGCUAAUAAACCCUGGCUACAAGGUAGCCUUUGUUGACCUCUGAGGUAGAUUACCUAUGCAACCUGUAAUACUCUACAUGAAUCCAUUCUUAAAGACAAUUUUGAAAGGGUUAGAUGUUGAGAGUUAGAAUUGUUGCUUUCUGAUCACAUGGGGGACUUCGGGGGUUUUGGUUUUUUGGUGGUUGAAGUGCUUGUGUUACCUUUAGAAGACAUGUAAGAGAGCACAGUGUCAUGAUCACAUGUAAGAAGCUUCAGCUUUCCCUAGGCUUUGCUGUAUGGCAUAAGCCACCUUCAUUCACAAGGCCAUGAAGUUGUAAAUGUUGAAAAUUUUUGCAGGAUUUCAGAGUCAGAGCUGAUGUGAAUCUUGCUAACCCCUUUUUGGUAAUUGUGGAGACUAAGCAGAACUGAAGCUAGAAUGACCCGGUACUACAAGCCUAUAACUAAUGCCCUGUUUAGGCUCCACAUGCCCACCUGUCCCUUCACACCCCCACCAUGACCCCCAAAUCUAGUGUCUUUCCAGAGCUUCUUUCACGUAAUACUUCCAGACCAUUAAAAGCUGUUUGUAGCUCUGGGGUUGAGUGAGUCCAGAGCUAUGCUUUCACAGAAGAAAUAUACAUGGAACCAAGGGCCUUACUCUUUGUGGUUAAACAAGAUUAAAAGCUGCAACAUCCAUUUUUCCGAAAAAAA